AUGGGGGGAGCGUGGGAACGGAUGGUUCGAACAGUGAAGACGGCGCUGAAAGCCAUGCUGGCAGAGCAAGUGCCCAAAGACGAGCUUCUAUGCACCGCUCUUCAUGAAGCAGAAGCACUGGUGAACAGCAGACCGCUUACCCACGCGUCCAGCGAACCUCACGCUCCCGAAUCAUUAACGCCGUUUCAUUUUCUCAUCGGUUCAUCGUCACCGUACCAUCCCAUAAAGACUGAUGCCGGGGACCUGCUCAGUGGGAGUGAUUGGAGGAAGUCUCAACGCCUUGCUGAACUAUUUUGGCAGCGUUGGGUCAAAGAGUACCUUCCUCUAAUCGCUCCUAGGAGGUCGCCCAAAGGUUCUUCGUCGCAGAAUUUCAGAAUUGGUGACCUCAUCCUUAUCGCGGACGGUAAUCUCCCGCGGGGAACAUGGCCUCGAGGCAGAAUAUCUGCGGUCCACCCCGGCAAGGACGGAAUAAUAAUCCGCGUCACAGAGGUCACCACUCUCGGCGGAAUUCUGCGGCGACCAGUCACCAAGCUGGUCAAAUUACCAUCAAGUCCCCCCCUGACUAAAUCGGCUCUGCCAGGGGGGUGGAGGAUGUUGCUGGCAGUUUGCCUCUCAGCGGACGCUGCAGUGAUGUGCCUGCGACGAUUUGUCGCUCGAAGAGGCACCCCGUGCAAGAUAUUGUCAGAUAACGGGACUGCCUUCGUUGGGGCUAAUAAUCUACUUCUUGCAAGCUACCAGCAGUGUUUCGGGGACGAAUGUGCUAACCAGCAUAUUUCCUGGCAGUUCAUACCCCUUUCAGCUCCUAAUAUGGGGGGAGCGUGGGAACGGAUGGUUCGAACAGUGAAGACGGCGCUGAAAGCCAUGCUGGCAGAGCAAGUGCCCAAAGACGAGCUUCUAUGCACCGCUCUUCAUGAAACAGAAGCACUGGUGAACAGCAGACCGCUUACCCACGCAUCCAGCGAACCUCACGCUCCCGAAUGA